AUGGCCAUCGCGACCCUCCCGACCCCGCACGACGUCCACACCACGCUCAACUACUACAAGCCGCUCGACGGCGACGCCUCCGGCGAGGCCUACCGCUACAUCUACACCGCCCCGCCCCCCGGCCGGCCCGAGCACAACCUCGGCGACGACCCGCGCCCCGUCGUCGUGCACGACGCGCGCGGGCGCGAGCACGACUUCGCGCUCGACGUGCACGGCUUCCAGUUCCUCCGCCACCCCAGCGCCGAGAGCGAGUUCGCGGACGAGGCGCGCAUCAGGGACGUGUACUACAAGGAGGGCGAGGAGCUCCUCAGGCCCACGAUUCAGGUCGAUUACAGUCUAUUAUGGUCUGUCGCGACAUACAGAGAUAGCCAGAAAAAGGUACAAUUCGACCAAUAA